AUGCCUCUGUCUUACGAUAUACCAACAUCCUCUCCUGAAUGGCCACCCAGCGUUGUUGAAGAGACACCACCACCGGUCGAGCUUGAAGAGACACCAUCACCUGGACCGCUUGAAAUUGAAGAGACUCUCCUAAGUGAAGAGUCCAACACUGUGUUGUCCAGCCCUAGUACUACUUCCGAGUCUCCUCUGGCCGCCGCUGACCACGAAGCUGCUGGCCCCUCAAACAUCCCGGACUCUUCUCCAAACACUGCUUUGCAAAACCCUCUGCUCAUGCCUAUCACCAACACCAACGUCUCCUCCGGCUGGCCGAUCCCCAGAACGACGUAUUAUACCUUCCUGAACGAAUUUGUUGUGCUAGACGAUCUCGUUCAACUCCCGGAAACCGUCCAUCCUACACGUCCCGUAUCAGCAAGAGCAAUGGCUGUGGAACGCUUUGCAUUAUCAUGCGCAAUCCAACACCUCAACCGCCACAUACGCAAUUGGAUCAUGCAUCAUCCUAGUCCAACUCACAUUGGAAACCUUCAUGAACACGAAGGUGUACAAGAGAUGCUCUCAGUGAUAGACUUCUAUGGGUACUAUCUGACGUUGCCCCAAGUGCACUGGCACUUCACCUGGUCUAUCUACAAACUGAGAGUCUUUCGUGUAUCUAAUAAUCAAUACUGUCUGCACGCUCGCGACGCCGGGGCGGAAGUGAGAUAUCUCGAAGACGACGAAGACGAUGAGCUGGAAGAUGAGGAUGACAAGGAGAUAGUCGAAACCAAGGAGAGGGUUGCGGGCGACGGUGCCUCUGGUCGUAUGGACAUUGGCAACUGA